CAAAAAGGGAGUCUCCUUCUGCCUAAUGGUGGUAGGAGCUUCUGGAACAGGCAAGACUACGUUCAUCAACACCCUCUGCGAGUCCGAGGUCAUCAGUCACAAGGUCUCAGACAACCCAGAGACCGCUCACAUUGAAGAGGGAAUCAGGAUCAAGCCAGUCAACGUCGAGCUGGACGAAGAUGGUAUGAGGAUUGGUCUCACCAUCGUUGAUACCCCAGGAUUCGGUCAGAACAUUGACAACGAGUACGCCUUCCAAGAAAUCGUCGGCUUCCUCGAGCGUCAGUAUGAUGACAUUCUUGCAGAAGAGUCCCGGAUCAAGCGAAACCCUCGAUUCAGGGACAACCGAGUACAUGCCCUCCUCUACUUCAUUGCCCCUGGACACAGCUUGAGGGAGAUGGACAUUGAGCUCAUGCGCAGGCUGAGUCCGAGGGUGAAUGUCAUUCCCGUCAUUGGCAAGAGCGACAGCAUGACACCCGAUGAGCGUGCAUUGUUCAAGAAGAGGGUCAUGGAAGACAUUGAGCACUACGGCAUUGCAGUCUACAACUUCCCCUUUGACGUUGAGGAAGAUGACGAAGACACGAUUGCAGACAACAGCGAUCUCCGAAAGCUGAUGCCCUUCGCCAUUGUGGGCUCCGAGGACGAGGUGAACAUCCAGGGUCAACUCGUCCGUGCCAGGACAUACCCAUGGGGAGCAGUAGAGGUCAUGGACCCCAGGCACUCGGACUUCUCGCGUCUGAGGUCAGCACUCCUCAACACUCACUUGACCGACCUCAAGGAGAUUACACACGACUUCUUGUACGAAAAUUACCGAACUGAGAAGCUCUCGCGAACUGUGCAUUCCGACUAUGCUGACGCGCCCAUCCCAGGUGAUGAGCUGGCCAACCAAUCAGUGAAGCUGAAGGAGGAGCAACUGCGACGCGAAGAGGAGAAGCUGCGAGAAAUCGAGCUCAAGGUGCAACGGGAGAUCCAGGAGAAGAGGCAAGAGCUGCAAGCUAAGGAGGAGUCGUUGAGGAACCUAGAGAGCAGGCUGGCUGCCCAGGGCGAGGCCUAAAAGGUGAAGAGGCGAUGCAAGUCGGGUACGAUGGAAGCUCCCGCCUGAGCCUCACGAUGGGGACGGGGACUGCGAACCAAAACCAGCUUCAGAACGAACACUUCACUGUAUCUCCCUAAUCCUCUAUCACCCUCUUUGUCACUGAUGUUCACGACUCACUGCCAGUCAC